UAAUCAGCUAUCUUCAAGUCACUUUAAAACUACUUGACUAGUAUGAUUAAAUCAAAAUCAAGAGAUAGCCCUAUUACUGCUGCUUAGAAACAUUAUUAACUAAGUGAUAGGUCAAAGUACAGAUUUUGUAUUUGUUGUAGUAAUUUUCUUAGUUCAUAGUUCUCUUAAAUCUAUGUCCUGUAUCUUCCUUUUUUAUUUACCUUAGAAAUUUAAUUCCUUAGCAAGGUGAUUUCAAAAUCAAAUCCAAGAUUUAAUGGAAAAACUUGAAAUUUCACCCUAAGAUUUAUGUGUGCCCUUGAAAGUGGUUUCUAAAAGUGGAUUAACAACAUCAAGUUUUACUACUUUGGUGUUUUUUUAAUCUAACAUUUUGAGUGUUAGCUUAAAAGCUAAAGUAAAUAUAUGCCUUCAACUUACAUAUUUGAUGGUUUGCUUGGGUAGAAAUGCCAAAUUCUCUCCCUCUCUUGCAUCCCAGUGAUAGAAGGCUUACAGGUCCAGCUGGCACUACUCUUACACAGUCAGGUUGCUGACUUUGAGAUUGCAGGUUCUUACUGUGUGAGGCAUGGUAAUGUUCAUCUACAGGGUGGACAAGGAUCCAAACGAUUCCCUUACUUAUGUUGUGAAUGCAUGAAUAACAGGAGUAAAUAAAGUUACUGUACUGAACAGGUUUUGUUUCACAAAGACAAGAGAGGAAAGAUGGAGAAUGGAAGGUAGCAUUUGUCUGUUUUCUCAUAAUAAGAACAGUUCUUUAAAACUUACUGAAUGUUUCUGUGAUUACCUGUGUCAUGUUUUCCUUUCUGUGUUUUUAAGAAGGCAAAACUAGAGGAAAUUACAACUUCCUAUCUCUGAAAAAACUAAAUACUGCCUUCAGUGUCCUAUAGCAAUUUUGAGAAUCUCUCUACAGAAGAUUUAAAUCAGAAAAUGUUGCAUCCUGCAACAGGAAGAGAAUAAACAAGAAUCAUUAGUCUUGCAUCCCUGCAAAGAAAUAGUCAUCUAUUAAUUUUUACCUACCAGGUGAACAAUGCACAUGUUGUGAAACAGAAUUCAGGGUGAGCUAUCUAUGUGACAUUGGGAGAAACUCCUCCAUAAAACCAUAUCUAUAUAUUUGAAAUGUAACACUAAGAUACUGAAAGCAUUGUGCACAUCAUCUCAGUAUUGCCUCUUGCUCUGGUUGAUUUCUGAGGCUUGAGGGGAAAGUGGAAUCAAGUCACAGAGGCAAAAUCUACAUCAAAAAAUGAAGGGGAAAAUUGCUUCCUUUUCUCUGCAGAUGAUUAGCAGGUUAAAAAAGGUUGUUUACAUUCUCUUCUGGUGAUAUCAACAAAUCAAUUACUCAGACUCACUUUGCACAGCUUUCAUUCCCAACUCAAGGAGGUUUGUACAUAACCAUUUAAUUCACCUUAGAACAGCUAGUGCUCAUGCCCUUAUUAUUAUCUUUGAAAAAGUUUAUCCAGAUUUGUUUUUUUUGGUGAUAUUUUGAAACUUUCUCUUAGAUCCAGACUAAACUGUUUCAUGACCAUUUAAUGGUCAUUUGACCUUCUGCCAGUAUUAUCUUUUAGCUUAAAUAUUUUCUGCCUUUUCCAUAUUUAGUCUCCCACUGUAUUUAUAAAGAAUAACUAUAUAGCUUCUCAGUCUGGUUUUGCUAGGCCUUUUGGGUUAGGAAAGAUGUGGCUUCCAGUACUCUAAUCAUCUUACUAGCUAUUUGUUGGUCUUCAUCCAUUUUGAUUGUUGUUUCUUUUGUUUACCUUUAUUUUAAAAAUAAUUUUACUGCUUUGUAAUGAGUUUUAUGAGUAUCUUACAGGUUCUUCAGCAAGUGGACAAUAAAUUUAUCGCUUGUUUAAUUAACACUAGGAAUGGAAUGGAAAAAAAGGCAGAUGGAAACCUCUUGAUUUUGGUGGACCAGCAUGCAGCUCAUGAACGGAUCCGCUUGGAGCAGCUGAUUGCAGAUUCCUAUGAGAAGGAAGCUGCAGCAUGUGGCAAGAAGAAAAUACUGUCGUCCUCCAUCUCUCCCCCUUUAGAGAUUGAAGUUACAGAAGAGCAAAGAAGAUUUCUACGAUGCUGCUACAAAAAUUUGCAGGACUUGGGUCUUGAAUUAUCAUUUCCUGAGACAAACAAAUCCUUGAUACUUGUGAGGAAAGUGCCAAUGUGUUUUAUAGAAAGAGAAGCCAAUGAAUUACGACGCAAAAGACAGCCUAUCACUAAAAGUAUUGUGGAGGAGCUUAUUCAAGAACAAGUUGAGCUAGUGCAGACCACAAGAGGAGGAGCACGAGGGACACUGCCUCUGACGUUUCUGAAGGUGUUGGCUUCACAGGCCUGUCAUGGAGCUAUUAAGUUUAAUGAGCAUUUGACUUUGGAGGAGAGCUGCAGGCUUAUUGAAGCUUUGUCAUCUUGUAAGCUACCCUUCCAGUGCGCUCAUGGAAGACCUUCAAUGCUGCCUCUUGCAGACAUAGACCAUCUACAGCAGGAAAAACAGCCUAAACCUAAUUUGACUAGACUGAGGAAGAUGGCACGAGCAUGGCAGCUCUUUGGAAAAAAAAAAGAACCUAUUUAAAAAAAGUUAAGAAUGUGAACUGCAACCACUAGAAGCACUGGUAUGAUCCAUGAAGCCUGCUGUUAAGACUACAAUAGCCUGUAUGGAGCCAAGUUCUAAGCCAGUGCAGUCACCAAAGCUCUCCUCCAACUACUGACCAAAGAGACCAGCCAGGAGAACAUGGCAGGAGGAGCCCACGCUUGGAGCCUGGAGAAGCAUUUUCAACAUAAAGGAGUAGUGCUGUAAGUCUGGGCCCUAUGUCAGUGCUGGCCUGUUGGGUACAAGGAGUUGCAGCCACUUGCAGUUACUAAGGUAAAGCACUUUUCUGCAAGCAUAGCAUAAUUCUGUGUAAUAGAGAGGGGAAUUUUAAUUAGUGUAUUUUACCGUAUGUUGAAAAUAGGAAGGUAUUUCUUAAUAAAGUUCACGCUAAACUCA